AUGGACACUAAGGUUCUUUCUUCCGGAAUCCGUUAUUCAAAAUUACCCGAAAGUUACAUACGACCCGAAUCCGACAGACCGUGUCUCUCCGAAGUCUCGGAGUUCCAGAAUGUUCCUAUCAUCGACUUGGGCUCUCAAAAUAGAACACAGAUUGUUCAGCAAAUCGGUGAAGCAUGUAGCUCCUAUGGCUUCUUCCAGGUGAUUAAUCAUGGGGUGGGUCUAGAAGCAUUGAAAAGAACGACAGAAGUGGCAUAUGAAUUUUUCAACUUGCCAGUGGAGGAGAAGAUGAAAUUGUAUUCAGACGAUCCUUCAAAGACAAUGAGAUUAUCGACAAGUUUUAAUGUGACGAAAGAGGAAGUUCAUAAUUGGAGAGAUUAUCUUAGACUUCAUUGCUAUCCUUUGGAGAAAUAUGUGUCUGAAUGGCCUUCUAAUCCUGUUUCAUUCAAAGAAACUGUGGCAAAUUAUUGCAAAGAAGUUAGGGAAUUGGGAUUUAGAAUAGAAGAAUACAUAUCAGAGAGUUUGGGCUUAGAAAAAGACUAUUUAAGGAAUGUUUUGGGGGAACAAGGACAACACAUGGCAGUGAAUUACUAUCCACCAUGCCCACAACCAGAACUUACCUAUGGAUUACCCGGGCAUACUGAUCCAAAUGCUCUUACAAUUCUACUUCAAGACCUUCAUGUUGCCGGCCUACAAGUUCUUAAAGACGGCAAAUGGCUCGCUGUUAAUCCUCACCCUGAUGCCUUUGUUAUUAACAUAGGCGAUCAACUUCAGGCUUUAAGUAAUGGACUUUAUAAGAGUGUUUGGCACAGGGCUAUUGUGAAUGUUGAGAAGCCAAGGCUUUCAGUAGCUUCAUUUCUCUGCCCAGAUAAUGAGGCGUUAAUAUGUCCGGCAAAGUCACUCACAGAAAAUGAAUCUGGAGCCAUAUACAGAGGAUUUACAUAUGCAGAAUACUAUAGCAAAUUCUGGAGUAGGAACUUGGACCAAAAACAUUGUUUGGAACUUUUCAAGAACAAGUAA